UCAACGAGCAUCUCAACGAUUUUUGAGCGAAUUGGAAGCGUUGCGUUAGGAACCUUACUACUAUCAAGAGGACAACAUCUUGAAAUCUCCCUAUAUGCCUAAUCCUGCGCUUUAUAAGUACUUAAAUCUAGAUCCUCUAUUCAAACGGUUCAGGGAAAAUGCAGAAUCAUUUCGUGAAAUAAACAAAAUUGCAGGCAGGGACUUGGAUACUGUAAAAUAUUGUGACUUCUCUACGUUGAAUGAGAUUACAAAUGGGUUCAAGAAAGAGAACUUUAUUGUCAAAACUUUGUUUGGUAGCUUGUACACAGGCACUAUUUUUCAGCAAGGCUCCAAAAACCGACAAGUGCUAGUGAAGACGUGGGGUUUUUACCAAAGGCAUUCUUGCAAUGGUUACUAUUCUGUGUAUCCUUCUACAUUCUUUGCUGAAAUCAAGCUACUUAUUCAAAAGGAAUUGGGAGGACAUGAUAAUUUCGUGAAAAUGAUUGGAUAUUGCCUCGAAAAGAAGCUUGCAGCGGUAUAUGAAGGGAAAGCUAAUAUACUCUUAUCUCAGUUGUUAAAGUUUGUUAUGUAGUUUGCUCUACCUAUGGCUGUUAAUAAACCGAGCUGUUUUCGAACUGCUUGAGCUCGAGUUCGAUUUCAGACCUAACGAGCCGAACUUAACGAGCUUCAAACUCGAAUACGAGCUGAGUUUUGAGUUCGGAUAAAUAAUCGAGUCGAGCUCGAGCAUAGUAGUAUUUGGCUCGAUUCGAGCUCGAGCGUAUUGAAUAUUGUUGUAAAUAGAUUUGAAUGUUUUGAUGCUUAUGCUAUCAUCAUGAAAUUUAGAUAACUUUGAUUGGGAUGGGCGAAUGAAGGUGGCACUUCAACUAGCAAAGUUUUUGGAGUGGUUGCAUGCAAAACACAUUAUACUUGGUGCUAUCUCUGCUGAUUCAAUUUUGGUAGAUGAGGAAUAUAAUGUAACAUUUUUUGAGUUGGGUCUCACUAGGUGUGUAUUGGACUCCAGAAAAGGAGAAUCUACAGGUGAUCUCAAGUGGUGUUAUGCUCAAUUUUCCGCUUCAGAAGAUAAAUCAGAUACAUGGACUUGUAAAUCAGACGUUUUUGCCUAUGGUUCUGUACUCUCCCUCCUGAUAAGGAAAGAGUAUUAUGGGAAUGGCAAUUAUAGUAGCGCAAGAGCAUUUGCAUUGCAGGACUUCAACAAAAAUCAGAUUCUUGUGAAUGGAGAUUUUCAGGUGGAUGAAGCCGAUGCAUAUAAAAUCACAGAGUUGACAUUGAAAUGUUUGGAGCCGGAUCCCAAUAAUCGAGUUGAUAUGGGUGAUGUUGUUCACUUCUUAGAGCAGUUGGCACUUGAUCACAUUGCCAAGAAACAGAAGUUGAACUAACGAAAGGCUGUUCUGGUUAUUAUUAAGUUAGCCAGUGGUUUAUCGUUAUAUUGCAUUAGCCCAUCAAACCUUUGUUUGGAGGCUGAUUAUGGAUGACACAUAUUAUGACUCGUGAAAGUUGCAUGCAUAUGUUUUC